UUUUACACUAUUAUAGUGUAUAGAAGCAAAUAUAGCAUAGGGUUGGAACAAGGGAUAGCAAAGGCGAUUAGGGUUUCACCACCCUUUCGCCGCCGUUGAUUUCGCCUCACGCGUAUCAACGAGAAGCUUCUUCCCCCUCCUUUCCUUCCACUCUUUCCAUGGCGCCGCUCGUAGAAGGUCCUGCUUCCCUUCCACGCCCUCCCUCAGAUCCACCAGAUUCGAGUUUGAAGGUUGCUCUCCCGUCAAAUCCUCCGGAUCCGCCGGUUCCUCCUGAUCCUCCGCCUGAUACUCUAUCUUUCACGGAUUUCCUUCAGUUGUACGAUCUAUGGGCCACAGCUACCUUUAAGUUCUCAGAUCCAGAGCUAUGUUUGAUGAUUUCAUAUGAACUGGUUUCGUUGGAUCUGAGUUUUUCUGUGGUAGUUCCCACUGUGUCGGUUGCAUUUCAAUAUGUGGCCUUUGUUGGCACUUCUGUGGUCGAUGUGUGCUCCCUUACUGCAGUAUGCAGGCGUUGUUCAUUUACUGCAGUAUGCAGGUUUACUUCCACCUUUGCUCUAAUGGCUUUUGCAAUGAUAAGGGAGCAUUGUUUUGAAGAUGCUUCUGUUUGAAGCAGAAGCGAAGAUGUUUAUCAUCUCUCGUUUAGAUGGUGUCAACUGUCUGACCUCUUUGACCAUGGAGGUUUUCAUUCCUCCCCUUUAUUGUUUCGAACAAGAUUGUCAACUUGAAGAAGUCUUCUUGUUUGACUGCCUACCUUCGGAGACAACGGUGGUUGAACUUGUGAUAUCACCUUUAUCUUUAAGCUUUUAUUUGAGUACUUGUUUAAGCUUUCUCAAUUGCUUGUCCAGUGUAUUGGUCUUUGAUUUGGUUUGUUUGGUUCCAUGUAACCCUAUUGUAUCCUCCAUUGAUGGAGUUGAACUCUUUUAAGUUUCAAUGAAAGCUGUUUGAUCAAAAAAAAAAAGCAUAGG